AUGUACCACAAGGCCAAGUGCCGGGCACGGCUGGUUACUCGCAUCACCGGUGGAGGGGAUAUUAUUCACGUGACCAGCAACCUGCAUACACACCCCACAAUGUACACCACGCAGAAAAUUGACACACGCGUGGAUGACCAGAAACUGUGCCUCGAGAGGAAUCCACUCUGCGUUAACACACGAUCGAUCAAAAUGUAGAGCCUGACUGGUUAGGAUUAGCAUGAUCUGCAAAUGAAAUAACACAUUGGUGAACAGUUUUAUGAGUUAUGCAUGAGUAUCACUGCCAAAAGCUAGUUUUGAACCUAAUGUGCCAGCCUCAAUUACAUAUCCAAACCAAAGGAUAUUUUUCUCGAACGAAUUUUAGUAUUAAAAUGUAUUAAAAAAAUA